AUGCGACGACACAAGCACACUGUCUCACCCCCUCCGGCGCUAGUUGAUCCUAUCGGAGAAGACCCAGGGGGUUCCGGAUAUGGACUCCGACCAUUACGGCCGGUCGCUGAACAGAGAGCAUCCUCCGUCCCUCUGGACUGGUCCUUGUUUAGCCCUAGUGCCCCCCCUCCUCUCCCUUCCCCCUUCGUUGUUGGGUGUAUGGGCAAGAUGGCCGUGGCGAAUGUGACGGCGGAGAUUGGCAUUACAGAUGUGGUAGAUCCUGGUGCCGAAGGAUGCCGACCAGACCAAACCAGUUAA